GAGAAUUUGAGUCACCAACAUUUCUACUUAGAGCACCUCCAUUCAUGGGGCACCCCAUUUUUUCUCUCUCCUCAUCUUAUUUGCCCACCUCAUUUUCCACUACCUCCCCAUUUUACCUUACUCAAAUUUGAAACACAUACCUCCACUCAUCUACCUCCCCAUUUAUCUUCUCUCUCUUAUUUCCUAUACUCCACCACCUUUUCUCUCUCCUACUUUCCCAUACCCCACCAAUAUUUUAUCUAUUUAUUAUAUACCCCACCACCUUUUCUUCAUUUGGGCACCUCCCCUAAAACUUGAGCAUUCUCAUUAAAUGGGGAACCAACCCCACUCAUGGGGAGCCCCAUUUGAGGAGAGAGAGUCCAUAUGGGGAGGGUAAAAUUUGCCAUUGGAGGUGCUCUUAUAUAUAAGUAGUUCGCAGUCAUGGCGUUUUGACUUUCUCCUCUUGUUCUAUCUCCUUCCUCUCUUCAGAAUUUUGUUAUCCUCUCAUAGAUAACUUGUCACACUCUUCAUCGUACUAAAUUUUUCUGAGAGAAAUCCCUAAACUAUGAAGUUUCGUUUACAAUUUAUCUUCAUUCUUUUCUCUUUUCAGGUUUUCUUUCCAACAUUUAGAACCGAAGCAAAGAUAUCUAAUACACGUUUUCUUUUGACAUCUAAUGACACAAAUGGGGUGAGGCAUGCACCAGGGUUUUGUGCGAUGUAUGACAUAUGUGGUACACGAAGUGACGGCAAAAUUUUAAAUUGUCCUUUGAGUGCACCAGCAGUGAAGCCAGAUGCCCUAUUUUCAUCGAAGAUUCAAAGCUUGUGCCCCACAAUUACUGGUGAUGUUUGCUGUACAGAGGCACAAUUCGAUACACUGCGAAGUCAAGUCCAGCAAGCUGUCCCCUUACUUGUUGGCUGCCCAGCGUGCUUAAGGAACUUUCUGAAUUUCUUUUGUGAAAUGUCAUGUUCACCUAACCAGAGUUCAUUUAUCAGCGUAACUUCUACCAAAAAGGUUAAUAACAGUGAGACCGUGGAUGCAAUUGAAUUUUAUGUAACUGAUGCUUUUGGUGAAGGGUUGUACAAUUCUUGCAAGGAUGUGAAGUUUGGUACUAUGAAUACUCGAGCCAUAGAAUUUGUUGCUGGUGGUGCUCAAGAUUUUAAAGGGUGGUUUGCUUUUAUUGGUAGACAAGUUGGCCUUAAUGUACCUGGUUCACCAUAUGCUAUAAAUUUCACCUCAAUUGUACCCGAAGCUUCAGGGAUGAGUCCCAUGAACAUAUCUUCUUACUCAUGUAGUGAUACAUCUUUGAGUUGCUCUUGUGGUGACUGUCCUUUGUCUCCUACAUGCACCAGUUCAGCAGCUCCCUCCAUCAGCAAGAGCAAAACCUGUUCAGUUAAAAUGGGUUCUGUGGAGGCAAAAUGCAGUGAUAUUGUGGUAGCAGUUGUAUUUAUCGUAUCAGUUUGUGUAUUUCUUGGAUGGGGUUUUGUUCAUCAGAACAAAAAAGCGAGCACUGUUUCAAGAACAAAACCACUGGCUAGUGCCGCGAGUAGUGAUGGUAGGCGUUCAACCGAUGAAAAAGAUGGAGACCUUCCUUUGCCAAUUCUUCGAGAUGGAGGCCGACUUUCUGGUGAAGCAAGACUGUCAUUGGUUCAAGUGUACAUGUCUAACUUUUAUAGGAAAUAUGGAGCAUGGGUAGCCAGGAGACCUGCUCUUGUUCUCGUUUCAUCGUUGGCCAUUGUACUUGUUCUUUGUUUAGGUUUAAUCCGUCUCAGAGUAGAGACACGGCCUGAAAAGCUUUGGGUCGGGCCUGGGAGCAGGGCUGCAAAAGAGAAACAGUAUUUUGACACUCAUCUGGCCCCUUUCUACAGGAUUGAACAGCUCAUAAUAGCAACAAUUCCCGAUGAAGGCAAAGGAACAACACCAAGUAUCUUGACAGAGGAUAACAUAAAAUUACUUUUUGAAAUACAGAAGAAGGUAGAUGGAAUUCAAGCCAAUAUUGGUGGCUCAACGGUAUCUCUAACUGACAUUUGCUAUAAACCACUGGGACAAGAUUGUGCUACUCAGAGCAUUUUACAGUACUUCAAAAUGAAUGCAGACAAUUUCGACAACUUUGGUGGGGUGGAUCAUAUUCAGUACUGUUUUCAGCAUUAUUCUACUGCAGACAGCUGUAGGAGUGCAUUCAAAGCCCCACUAGAUCCUAGCACCGCACUCGGUGGUUAUUCUAGAGGCAAUUACUCAGAGGCGUCUGCAUUUACAGUCACCUAUCCAGUGAACAAUGCAAUUGAUAGAGAAAGCAAUGAAACAAAGAGGGCACUGGCGUGGGAGAGGGCCUUUAUUCAAUUAGCAAAGGAUGAGCUAAUGACCAUGGUUCAAGGAAAAAACCUAACACUCUCUUUUUCAUCGGAAAGCUCAAUUGAAGAAGAACUAAAGAGAGAGAGCACUGCUGAUGUCAUUACUAUAGUGAUAAGCUAUCUUGUGAUGUUUGCUUAUAUAUCACUUACUCUGGGAGACAAACCUCGGUUAUCUUCCUUUUUUCUCUCAUCGAAGGUACUGCUUGGACUUUCUGGAGUUAUGCUGGUCAUGCUUUCUGUACUUGGAUCAGUUGGAUUUUUCAGCGCUGUUGGAGUAAAAUCAACACUUAUUAUAAUGGAAGUCAUUCCUUUUCUUGUCUUAGCUGUUGGGGUGGACAACAUGUGCAUUUUGGUUAAUGCUGUUAAAAGACAACCACUGGAGUUACCCUUAGAGGGACGCAUAAGUGCUGCACUAGUAGAAGUUGGGCCUUCUAUUUCACUUGCUAGUCUGUCUGAGGUAUUAGCAUUUGCAGUCGGAACUUUCAUCCCAAUGCCAGCUGUACGCGUGUUUUCUAUGUUUGCAGCGCUCGCUGUUCUUCUAGACUUCCUUCUACAAGUUACUGCUUUUGUUGCGCUGAUAGUAUUUGACUUCCAGAGGGCUGAACAUCAUAGAGUUGAUUGUUUUCCUUGCAUGAAGGUGCCUCCUUCCGAGGACUCUAACAAUGGUGCAGGUAGUAGUCAUACAAAACCUGGAUUGCUUGCUCGUUAUAUGAAGGAUGUCCACGCACCAAUUUUGAGCAUGUGGGGAGUGAAAAUCUUGGUUGUUUCUGUAUUUCUUGCUAUGGCAUUAUCCAGCAUCACAUUGUGCACCAGGAUUGAGCCUGGUCUGGAGCAACAAAUCGUUCUUCCUAGAGACUCUUAUCUGCAGGGAUAUUUUAAAAAUAUUUCAGACUUCCUCAGGAUUGGACCACCAGUAUAUUUUGUGGUGAAGGACUACAAUUACAGCUCAGAGUCAAGACAAACAAAUCAACUGUGUUCGAUCAGUCACUGUGAAUCAAAUUCUCUACUAAACGAGAUAUCGAGAGCAUCUUUAAUACCAGAAUCAAGCUACAUAGCGAAACCCGCAGCUUCAUGGCUUGAUGAUUUUCUAGUAUGGAUGUCUCCUGAAGCUUUUGGUUGCUGCAGAAAAUUUAUGAACGAAAGUUACUGCCCACCUGAUGACCAGCCACCUUGCUGUUCUUCAGACCAAGCUACAUGUGGAGUUAGUGAAUUGUGUAAAGACUGCACCACGUGCUUUCUUCACUCAGAUUUAGUUGAUGAUCGCCCAACUACCGUCCAAUUUAGAGAUAAGCUUCCAUGGUUUCUCAAAGCGUUACCUUCUGCUGGUUGUGCCAAAGGAGGACAUGGUGCCUAUACAAACAGUGUCGACUUGCAAGGUUAUGAAAACGGUAUAAUUCAGGCUUCAGAGUUUCGAACAUACCACACCCCUCUCAACCAGCAAACAGACUUUGUCAAUGCACUGAGGGCAGCACGUGACUUCACCUCUAGGAUUUCUAAGUCGUUACAGAUGGAAGUAUUUCCCUAUUCAGUGUUUUACAUGUUUUUUGAGCAAUAUCUGGAUAUUUGGAGAACAGCUUUGAUAAACCUGGCUAUUGCUAUCGGGGCUGUCUUCGUCGUGUGCUUAAUUAUUACCUGGAGCUUAUGGAGCUCAUUGAUUAUCCUCCUCGUUAUUACAAUGAUUGUGCUAGAUUUAAUGGGGGUUAUGGCUAUUCUGAAAAUCCAACUGAAUGCAGUUUCUGUUGUUAACCUAGUAAUGUCCGUUGGAAUUGCUGUUGAGUUCUGUGUACAUAUUACUCAUGCUUUCAUGAUAAGUGGUGGGGAUAGGGAUCAACGAAUGAAGGAGGCGUUGGGUACAAUGGGAGCUUCUGUAUUCAGCGGUAUCACUCUAACAAAGUUAGUUGGUGUUAUUGUUCUAGCUUUCUCCCGGUCGCAAGUCUUUGUGGUCUAUUACUUCCAGAUGUACCUCGCUCUAGUCAUCCUCGGUUUUCUGCAUGGUCUAAUAUUUUUACCUGUACUGUUAAGCUUGUUUGGACCGCCUUCAAGGUUAAUCAUGGAGAACGAAGAUGCUCGACCAUCUACAUCUUCUCAGUUCUAAGCUAACUUCUCAACCCCAUUCUUUUUUCUCCCUUUAAGUUAAUGGAUAGGAUUAAAGAAAAUCAGUUUUGAAACAACAAUACCUAUACAAUGAUUUCAUUAACCCUUAAAUUAGCUAUUUGUAAAGUGUACCAUAUUUUGAUGAUUCGAGGAGUGAGAGCAUAGAGAACAUGAUUUAUUUAUCUAUGUAAAUAGAUAAUAGAUUAAUGAUGCAUUACUUGUAUCAUUAUUAUUCUUUUGUGUGUCAAAGAAUUUAUGGGAUACCAUUCUUUCCCUUGGUGCGGCUGAUUUGCCAGAAAUUGAACUAGGUACUUUUAUUGUA